AUGGGUGAAGGAGGGGAAGUGGCGCAGAUUGGUACCUGCAAAUGGUUCAAUGUUCUAAAAGGUUAUGGUUUUAUCACACCUGAUGAAGGUGGAAAUGACUCUGAGUUAAAUAUGGAUGGUUUCCGAAGUUUGGAUGCCGGUGAACGUGUUCGUUUUGUGAUUCGGAAACGGCCGGAAGGCAACGAAGCAACAGCUGUUGUAAGUGCAGAACCUGGUGGAAAACUGAAAGGAAGUUCUAUCAGACCUCUUGGAAAGAAUAAAUCACAUGUUAUAAGAUGUUUUAAAUGUGGUUAUUACGGGAAUCAUACAGCAGCCAAAUGUAAAACAACGGUUGGAGCCGAAAAAGCGUGCUAUGGAUGUCAUGCAGCUGAUCAUUUGAUCGCUGAUUGCCCGCAAAAAGUAAACUAUAAAAAUGGUAAUAAAACAAAAAAGAACAACACCGAAGGAAGUGAUGCGAAUGAGAAAGUGGCGGAAGUAGAGGGUACUGAAGAACUACAAACAAAAGCAAAAAUGGAAAAGACCGAUUCGAAGAUGAAAGAAAUCACCGUCGAUAAGGACAAUGUCGUUAAAAGCAGUAACUGUUUUUAA